GGUGUUUCUCGCUGCUUCUAGCGACUGUGUGGCGACUCAGUGCGUGUUCUCGUCGGCAACCCUUCACGUUUAAUCCCCAUCUGUUUUCCAAAAAAACAUACACAAAAUCGCCCUGAUUCUCCUUCCCACCGCCCCAUACAGAGAUUCCUAUCCUCCUCCAGCAAGUGUGAGAGCCCUAUCCAGAUCUGAUUCGGAACAACCUGGUGAGGAAUAGAGAGGAUUUUGGGAGGAGGUUGUGGGGUGUGGCGGCGGCAUAUUUGGAGGCGUGAAGGGGGCUACGGUGGAGAGGCGAACCCAGCAGCCAUCACCUGCAUUGGGGGGACCUGAUGGCAGCAUACAUGGAAGGAGUGGAGAUUAAGUUCAAGAACCUGCAGCUCUGUGAAGCGGAAAAGAAAGGGAUCAGGAUUGGUAGGAAGCAAGCAUGCUCCUCUCAGGUGAAACAGAAUGAAAAAAUGCAAAAACAACAGCAAGAUGGAAGAUGGUCCAGGCCUCCACCGGGAACUCUGAAAAUCAACACAGAUGGUGCCUUCUUGAAGGAGACAAAUACUGGAGGCUGGGGCUUUGUUAUUAGAGAUGAUUGUGGUGAGGUGAUGGCUGCAGGUGCAGGCAAUCUAGAGCGAGUCUCUGAUGCACUUCAUUCUUAGGCGUUGGCGAUGCUUUAUGCCAUAAACACAACCAUUCAGCUAGGUUGUGAUAAAGUAAUAAUUGAAACUGAUUCCAUACAACUGUAUAUUCAGAGAUAUUAAGGCUCAAUUGUACGUAGGUUUCAAUGAUGUAUGUGUGGUGUCUUGCCCUCGAUCUUGUAAUGUAGUGGUGCACAAGCUAGCUACUUACAGAGCUAAACUAGGAGCUAGCUUAUGUAAAGCUUGGCUUGGGCAGGUCCCAGAUUUUGUAAAUAACGUUGUGGCUGGCGAUGUGUCCAGUUCUGUAAUAUAAUGGAAUGCUAUGCGUUCCUUUCAAAAAAAAAGAAAGAGAGAAAAGACAGUCGACCCA